GAAUACAAGUUUAUAAUAAAUAUUGUUCUGCCUCGGGAUCCCGCAACGACUGAAUGGCGAAGGGAAACCUUGAUUAUGCUGAUCCACUUGUGGACGAAUAUCAUGUUCUUGUAGGCAAAUUAAGGGUACACCAGCAAUCAUAUCUUAAGGACCAAUCAACUGACAAGAUGAACCCUGCAAAAAACCCCUUAGUGAUAGAAAACGGGAAGAAAAAAUCUCGCUUGACAAGAAGUUUAGGAGAAACGGGCUCCCCACAGAGCAAAAGACAAGGAAAGAAAUUGAAUGCUACAUUUGGAAAUAGAUCGAGAACCAAUAGUGAAACAUCGUUAUUGCCGCCAUUACACACAUAUUCUAGAUUCAGUCAGGUACCCAAUGGUACAAACAAACCUACAAUAAACCAUCCGGAUAAACGUCUGGAUACACUAUCAAAGGUACCAAAACCCAAGGAGGGUAUAACGUGGUAUGAAAUAUGCCAACAGCAGCUAAGUCCGGCUGCAAGCAGAAAAAACUAUGGCCAAAGAGACCGAGAAAGAUCCAAAAUAAUUCUGGAUAUUAAGCAGAAAUGGCAAGAUGUGAGCAAAGACGAAAACGAUGAUAAACGUCAUUUUAUGCUUACAUCUAACAAAACAAAAUCUAGUCCAACUAACCGAAAAUCUCAAAGUCUAGGUAAAGGCACAAAAUAUACGGAUAAAGACAACUCUCACAAACACAGUGCCUGUAAAAUACAUGCCGAAAAUACAAAGCCUGUUGGAGGAAAAACAGACCAAAAUAGUAAAUCAUUGGAACAAGAUAUACCGAAAACAAAAAAUGAUGAACUCAAGAGAUGGCAAGGGAUAUCGAGUACAAAACAUUUAGUACCCCAAAAAGAAAGAGAUAUUCAUGAAGGACUGUAUAGAUCAGACGCUACGCCGCCAGAUCCAAACAUUAAUGGCGACCAGACCGUCAGAAAAGACCGUGUUAAAACUGCAGAAACUUGGAAAACCUGGCGAGAUGUUAAUGACUCCUAUGCUUAUGAUAACGUGGAGCAAUAUAUUAAAGAUAACGAACUGAUGCCAGAAGAAAGGGCUAAACGGAUAAAACAAUGGAUUGGAACAGUGGAUACUACACCCAGAACUCCGGAUUCGCAGGAAGGCUGCAGUAGUAGUAGUUCUAAUUACGAAUUUUCAAAACCGGAAAGAUUUCUCUAAACAUGAAUUCGUUAUGUGAGGAAGAAUUAAACAGUUUAGUAUACGUAAAACCUGUCUGAUUCUAACACUA